GCUGUGGAUCAUCACGUGACCUUGUGUUGCUCCACAGAACGAAUAAUCUAUGAUGGCGGUCGCAAACUCGCACCGCGACCAUCCUUGCGCGUUUAACGGUGAGGAAAAUGAGGACAUUUCCAAUAGCCACGAAUCUGAGGUCCGAACAGUACAACAUGUGAUCAGGCUAACCAAGGAAAACCUGGACCAACUUAAUGCUCAGUUCUCGAACAUCCAACACCCGCCUUCGAUCUUUCUUGAGGAGUACCAAGAGUUAACAAGUAAGCUGAGUGAACUGAAAUGCAGGGAAAAGCAUUUAUUGGAGCUUAGAAAUGGUGGUUCUGUGUCAACGAGUGCCAGCGUAACACCAUCUUCCUCAUCUGGCCCCACCUCGCCAACUCUUAGUUCGAGAAAUAGUAUUAUAGGCAGUGAAAAUCCAACAUCCCCUCCUCUUCGGGCUCAUGUGCGUGCAUUUCUACCAAACCAGCAGCGAACCAUGAUCAAAUGUCAGCCUGGUGUUACUCUCAAGCAGGCCCUGGACAAGCGUAUGAGAAUGCGUGGAAUUGCAAUAGAAACAUGCUUGAUAUUCCACUGCGGAACCAGAGACAUUAUCAGUUGGGAUACACAUCUAUUCGAACUUGAAGGAGAAGAGAUUUCUGUGGAAAUGAUUGAUGAUCUUCCUCACACAAACAGUAUAUCCCACAAUUUUAUGAGAAAGACAUUUUUUACACUGGCAUACUGCGACUGCUGCAGGCGAUUGCUUUUUACUGGAUUUAGGUGCCAAGUUUGUGGUUACAAGUUUCAUCAGCGAUGUGCAGCAGCAAUUCCAAUUAUCUGCCAACAAGCGAUGGAUGACCACGAUGUGUACAGACGGGACACUGGGCCUGAGUGUAUACUUGAUAAGAUUAUGGAGAUGUGGCAGGAGCUCAAAUUAUUAUUGGCUGGCCGCAAUGAGUUUGAUGACGCUGAGACCACAGGACACCCAAAAAUCACAAGAGAGCGUUCCAUAUCCGCACCCAAUGUCUGUAUUAAUGCUGUUGGUACAGACAACUUCUUAGAGGAGUUGUAUAGAAGCAGUCAGGCGUCAAGGUCUCAGGUCGCCACGAUCUCAGCGGUUGAAGGCAAUCGCCUGAUGCGCAGUAGUCGACAUGGCAGACACAAAAGUGAAAGUGCCACGCAUCCACGAAUAAACGACAUCUUCCACGACAACAACGUCCAUCCGCACAAGCUAGACACGGGGAGCGUGGGUUUACCGAAUGGACACGCCCACCAAAGCGAGCGGCCGCCCAGCCCGCACAAAGUACCGCAAUCAAGAUACCCACGUGGCCGGGUGAGGUCCACACCUGAUUCUGAUCACAAGAAGCAGCGAUUACGAGCGAACUCCACAGACGACUGGGAAAUACUGGAGGGUGAAGUUCAGAUGGGUCCUAGGAUAGGAUCAGGCUCAUACGGAACUGUGUAUAAGGGCAAUUGGCAUGGUGCGGUUGCCAUUAAGACAUUGAAUGUGACGGACCCCACCCCUACUCAGUUACAAGCCUUCAAGAACGAGGUAGCUGUUCUCAGGAAAACUCGCCACGUGAAUGUAUUGUUGUUCAUGGGGUGCAUGUCUAAGCCGAAGCUUGCGAUCGUCACUCAGUGGUGUGAGGGCUCCAGUCUCUACCGGCAUCUACACGUCUUGGAAAACCGCUUCGAGGUGCUAAACUUAAUUGACAUUGCACGACAGACGGCGCAAGGCAUGGACUAUUUGCACGCAAAGAAGAUAAUUCACCGUGAUCUAAAGUCCAACAAUAUUUUUCUCCAGGAAGACCUUACUGUUAAGAUCGGGGACUUUGGUCUCGCAACGAUCAAAACACGAUGGAGUGGAAGCCAAUACUCAGAACAACCUUCGGGAUCAAUACUAUGGAUGGCUGCGGAGGUCAUCCGUAUGUUGGAUCCGAAUCCAUAUUCAUUUCAUUCCGAUGUUUACGCAUUUGGUAUUGUGCUGUACGAGCUACUUUCGAGCACUCUUCCCUAUGCACAUGUUGGCAACAAAGAUCAGAUUCUUUACAUGGUCGGACGAGGCUAUCUUAGACCGGACAUGAGCAAAGCACGGAACGACAUCCCUAAAGCGUUCAACAGGCUUUGCCUUGAGUGUAUUAAAUUCAACCGAGAUGAGAGGCCUCUCUUCCCACAGAUCCUGGCAUCGCUUGAAGCCAUUCAUCGCGCUCUUCCAAAGAUUCAGCGGAGUACAUCGGAACCGUGGAACAUCGGCGCCAAACUUACCUCCGACGACGUCUUUUUCGGACCCUCUGUACCAGAAACUCCCAUCAGCCCGUUCGGCGGGGGGUUCUCGUUCUUCUCGGGCGGGGGAUAUUAACCCGUCACGUGAUUUCUCGAGACCAUGUGACAUGAUCUCGAUCACACAGUGCUGUGUUUUGACGUUUAGAAUACGCGAUGGUAGCACGUCACGUGAUCGUUAUUGCAUGCUGCACUCGGUAUGCCACAAUGUCUUUUACGUUAUUUGGGAUAUCCUCAACGUGGUACCGCGUGUCUGGGCGUUCGCUGGGAGUUCCGUAUUGCAGCAGAAACUCUUAGGAGGUCUUCUCGUGAAAGACAGAACCGCUCUAGUAACAGAAGGGGCUGAUUCUCGACUUAGUAACCCAGUGGCUUUACCGCUAUGUUGAUAAUCAAGCACCAUGAGCUUCGUGGCUCGUAGCAAUUUCAAAACUCGUCAUCUCAUUUCCAUUGGCAAGAGCUGCUUUACUGCGACGCACGUAGACCAAGACAAAAUUUUAAGAAUGCAAACUAGCAUGCGAGAUUGGCUGUUUUGAUUUACACGAACUUUUUAACUAGGUGGAUUCCUUGAUCUUGUUCUGAUACGCUCUGAAAUGUCUCUGCCAAAUUGGUUAUCUAGUGAGGAUGAUGCCAAUCAGAUCAAUCUCACGCAUUCUAAUCGGACUUCUUUACUGUUAAGGUGUUCACGGUAGCGUGCGUCGCAUUGAAAACCGUCGCCAUGUUGUUUUACGCAAAUGAUACAGCAAAGCAAACGCUGAAGAAACUAAAAGCAAUAACAGUGUAGUAGAACGACCAAUCUCAUCCAAGGACAAAAUGCAAUCGAGUACAAAUUUUACCUGACCGCUGGAUGCGCGGCAGGCUAUUUAAAGAGAGCUGGGUGUGGGGUGAUUGGUGUAAUUUUGUAGAAUACUGUAGUAUAGCAAGGGUGUAAAGCGCCUUGAGUGUACAAAGCUAGUUUUUUUGUCGGUGUUCUUGUGUUAUCAUUCGAAUUUUUUGUAAUGCGGACGUGAAGCCAUACCGUCGUUACAAGUGGAGGGAUGGGCGAUUAUAUAUGUUGAAAUUACCGGCAAAAGCUCUAAUACGACCCUAACGAUCUAUUUCUUUUUCGAUUUGAAGAGAGGCUGAGGGCUUAUUAAAAUUUGAUUUUCCACCGUUUUGACACCAGGAUUGCGGCCCCCUAGAAAUAUUUCCGAUGUAAUAAGCAUGUUAAAACAAACGCUUGUCUUUAUUGACAAACACGUACAUUUUACAUUCAAACAAGACAAGAAUCGCUGCGAUUUUCAGAAUUCUGUGAACUCGCCCUCAUAAAUUCCAAGCUACAAAAUACAUGUUCGCUUCCUUCAGUCAAAAUCCUAAUUAGCCUACACAUUUAUGGCUUCCAACAAAGCUAUCUCACUGCAAUGCGUCGACCAAUCAGAGGGUACAAAACGGUGUUCCGUUAGAAUUCAAAAUUUGGGAAUCGUGCCCAACAUAUCUAUUACCCUUUUAUAUUUUGCCUAAGCCCUGACUGCGUCAUUAUUAAAUCUCUUAGAAUUAUCAGUGUCAGCGGCAAAGCUAUCCAUCCCGCGAUACAGUAAAUGUUAUACACGUUGGAGAAGAAUAAUGUUUUAAAAGUAUCUUCGCACAUCGUCUCCCCUCCCCCCAUUGCUGCGACCUCAGAUUCUGAUAACAUGGACCGUGACGUAAACAGGUUUAUAAAUACGUUAGCCAAUCGGGGAGCGAAAUCACAGUCCGCAAAGUUCCUAUGCGCCAUAUACUCUUUUUGCCAAGUGUUGACUGGUUAUUAUCAGUUAGUACGUUGUUGAUUGGCCCCUGAACUGUUAAUAUGGCCUGGGAAGGGCGCGACGUUUUUUUUUUUUUUUUUACUGUACAAAUCUCUAUAUGCUGUAACUGUUACUGCUAUGACACUUGGAAAGGGAUGAGAAAUGAUUGCCAAUAUUACUCGAAAAUGAUAUAUAUAAUCAAAAGAUAUGUAGGAAUCACCCCGCAUUUCUCAUCACUUUUUUAUAAAAUUGUCGCUCUUUUAACGUUCAGACAAAUAAAUCGUUUGCUGCAUGAAA